GCCCUUACUUGUUACGAGAGGAUUUGUUUAUCGAAAAGAACGCCAAGCUCAUUAUAGAACCUGGCGUGGAGAUUCGUUUCAGUCCGAUGAUCGGCAUCACUGUCCGCGGUACUAUAAUCGCCGAGGGCGAAGCACACGCGCCAAUCUUGCUGACCAGAGCGGAAGUGGAGACGCAGAUUCCGUCUCUUCGAACAUCACCCACAAUACGCCUUGUUGACGGACCGAGUCCGCUAGCGGGAAGACUGCAGCUUUUCCAUAAAGGUAGCUGGCGUUCCGUCUGCACAAACUCGCGAAAUUGGACUCGCGCAGACCUAGAAACAGCGUGUCGACAGCUCGGUUAUCAGGGCGGACAAUGGUGGUCAUGGUUCGACAGACAAUGGCCCUCCAAGCCGCGUCUUCUUUACGAGGAACCUGGCUGUCGUGGCACCGAGCCCUUGUUAACGACUUGCGAACAUUGGUCGGAGAGAGAAUUGGGUGCCGGUGUUUGUGAUUAUCAUCCUGAUCUGGGCAUUUCUUGCCUGCCACGUCACGAUGGUGCGAGCAAGGCAAUCAAGCAUUGGCGGGGAAUACGAUUUGAGGACGCGGUGUACGACAAACAGAAACUCAUCCUACAAAACACACUUUACGUACGUCAAUCGCUGUCCAUUCUAAGGAACACGAUAAUCGAAUAUGCUGGGACCGGGAGGGAAUACAAUAUAACUUCGGCGAUUCAUGUGGAAGGCGUUCCACCGAUAAUGGAGUCAAUUUCUGUUUUUCAUUCUGCCUUUACGGGUAUCAACGUCACCACGUCGGAUGCAUCAGUCGUAAUAAAUAAUUGUACUGUGCAAUCAAACAGAGGAUAUGGAAUUUAUAUAAAUAGUUCAUCCGGCAUGGCGCAUAUUAAUAAUUGUACAGUAUCUGAAAACGGAGCGGACGGAAUAAAGUACGUGCACGCGGACGAGCGACCAGAUGAUAAGUUGGAGCGUAACGACGUGUACGAUCUAUGCACCUUUCCUUCAACGGCCAGUCAGACUUUUCCUAUUACUAUAUCUAUGCAGCAGAACAAAUAUGCACCCAACGUAAAAGAAUGUCCACAACACAUCUUCACGACGCCAGGCUAUAUUUUGACAGUGCAUUUUUUGCAAAUGAAAACCGAUAGAAACGAUAGCGCCAUCAUAGAGGUGUACGAUGGUAUAAGUGGAACAGAAAGACUUUUAGCUACUGUCAAAGUCAGAAAUGGGACUUUACCGCAGAGCGUGACCUCAACUCGUCAUUAUAUCUUUAUAAAGUUCAUAGCUGAACCACGAACUAAUGCACUCGUGUUCGUGCGAGUGUCAUCAGGCUACAAGAAAACGUAUGAUCUCAAUGUGACCAGUAGUACAAUAACAAGUAAUAACGGUCGUGGUAUCAUCGUGGAGAAACUAAGAUCAGCCUUGCACAUUCACGAGACCUCGGUAUCGGAUAACAAUCACGUGGCGGGAGUGCACGUAUUAGGUGGUGCGAUGGACGUUAACAUCACCGACAGUCGUAUCGCGUACAAUCAAGGGGACGGUGUUAACAUCACUGUUACAGGCGGCAAUCGUAACGUGUCGCGCAGCAGUAUAUCGUCCAACAACGGUUAUGGUUUUGCGGUGUGGCUCAACGACAGCCUCGCCACCGAAUACGUACAUUUCAAUCAAUCGACCGUGAUCGAGUACUCACAAAUAUUCAGCAAUAAGGACGUCGGUGUUCUGAUCGGUAAUUCAACCGGCAACUCGUACGUGAAUGUAACUGGCAAUGGGUUCAAUACCAGCUUUGACACGGCGCUGCAAGUGGAAUCCAGUUGGAGAAAGGAUAUUGGAUUAAUGAGAGUGCAGAUCGGGCACAACUCAUUCAUAAGGAAUGAGAAGUUAGGAAUCAAACUGAGCCCAGCGCUCAAUCUCGACGCUAUUAUAGAGUACAAUCACUUUAUAGAUCAAACAACUGGCGCGAUUUUAAUAAGAAAUCCACUCUACGAAGAGUUUAAUAUUUUGCCCGCGGAGGUCGUGAUCCGACACAACGAAUUCUAUAACAAUCAAGGUACCUUUAUAGUCAGCAUUGGCUUAUCACCUUACAACGAUGCGCAAAAGUUACUGUUUACAAGAAACUUCCUAAAACACAAUCGUGUCCGGGAGUUAUUUGACAACGACGAUAUGCGCAAUGUCAAACUGAUACCGCGCUCCAGGGUAGCCGCAGUCGUUGUCGUAUCUUCGAGCAACGUUCAAGUUUUCCGUAACAUCUUAAAUAAUCUCGAUUCACGUUACGAGAUUGGCUCUCAUCUGGAAGAUCAGAGUAAAGUUAUCAAUUGUACAUACAACUGGCUAGGAUCUGCAGAAGAAAAAAUAAUAUUCGAUCGAUUAUUUCAUAGGAAGGACAGAUAUAAUCUCGCCAAAAUCGAAUAUUUGCCUUACUUGCUGCACAAUAGUAACCCCGGCGCGAAUACCAUAAUCCCGAAUCCUACAUUCGUGCCGCAAUUUAUCAGGCCCGACUCGAACGAAGUCGGAGGUGAGGUUGAUGGCCAGGAGGAAUUAAAAGCUGGAGAAUACAUUGUCAAGCGCGAUAUCAAUGUAAGACCAGACGGCAAGCUAAUAUUACAACCGGGCGUUACGUUACGCUUCCCACCGUCCGUGGGAAUGAUGAUUGCCGGCAAAUUCGACGCGCGCGGCAAAAAACCCAGCGAUAUUUUAUUUACUCUCAAGGAAGAGCUUGUUAUGUUACCAGAUAACGAUACUUUCACGGAUGAGAAUACGAUUCAAGUCCAUGAGACAGAAUCCGUGCCAGUGAGACUUCUUGGUGGAAAAACGAAUCUUGAAGGGAGACUGCAGGUAAAAAUUGGAAAUGAAUGGGGCACUGUGUGUAAUUAUGGAUGGACAAUUCAGGACGCAGCGCUCGUUUGCCAUCAAUUAGGCUUUAUCCUCGACUUUGAGAAUUGGCUUAUGGAACGAUCACAAAUUCCGAAUGCGGGAAUCAAUGAGAGGAUACUCUUCAGCAAUGUGCGCUGUACCGAGUAUGACAAUGAUAUAACUAAAUGUCGGGCGGAAAGAGAGCAAGAUUUUGAAAACUCGUGUACUCAUGAGAACGAUGUUGGGGUCAGAUGUUUGGAGGCGGCGUGGGCUGGUCUCAGAUUAGGACCACUGGCUCAAAGAAGUGACUUGCAGUAUGUGACGAUUGAAAAGGCAGGCUUGUUGGAUUAUAAAACUAAUUCAUUUAAACCAGCUUUGCAAAUUGAUUUUGCUCGGCAUUCACUGAACGGUAUCAAAGUCUUGAACAAUUUACAAGACGGCUUGGGAGUUCUGUAUUCAGACAUAUAUUCGGCGGACGCGAUAAACAUCGUGACGAAUAGUGACUUCUCUCAUAACGGUGGGAGUGGUAUUAGUUUCAAGCAACUAGGUAUGCGAAUUGUUAAUUCACGAAUCGAAAAUAACAAGGUCGCGGGAAUAAGGCAUAAUCCCGCUCUCUCGGCCGUUCAGCAAAGAGAAUUUGCGGGAUGGUUUCUCCGCGCGCCGGAUACCACCGUCGACUCACCGUAUAAUCCGAUAAUCUUACCGGAAACAACCAAGAACAUCGAACUCGCUAAUGGAGAGACCAAAUACAUCAUCACGACCAAAGUAACCGGUGAAUCCGUCCGUCGUAUCAUCAACAUUCAAUGCCAACCAAGCUAUGUCAUCGGUAUCCAAUUAUUGAAUCCGAUUGAGAAUCGAAGUACGGAACAAAUUAUACUGCACGACUCGCAACGUUUAGACAAGAAUCAGACGAUUUGGCGCGUAAAACGGGACCUGAGUGUUUUUCCCGUUUCGUCCAGUUCCUUUGUAGUAGUUUUGCAAUAUGAUAGCGGUGAAAAUGCUCUUGGUGGAACCGUCAUAGUUGUCACGUCGCUCUCGGCUCCAAAACAGAAUAUUCACAAUAAAGUAGUCAGUGGUCCUAUUCCUUUGCUAUCUGUCACGAAGACAAAGAUCAAAAACAAUAGGAAAGGUGUGCUCGCGUCCUACUACAAUCGAUACUUGAAUGAGAUCGGAGAUCAUUUUCUACGGAAAGCCAAUGAAAGUAUUCAACUAGUCGAAUGCGAGAUAUCACACAAUCAUGAAGAAGCUGUUUACGUGUAUUCACCUUAUUGGAACAUCUUCCAAUCGAACCUGUCCGAAAUUUCGGUACAUAUAAAUAACAGCUUGAUCACGGACAACGGUAAAGGGAUACAUCAAUUCAGCCGCGAUGCAAGGCACUCCAACAAUCUCUUCCACUGGAUAAUGCAGGAUAGCACAAUAGAAAGGAAUCACGGCGGUGGAUUUGAGGUGUUGUUACCAGAUGUUUGGCAGUACAACGAGAACUUUACACACUCUCUAUACUUCGGGAAUAACACCUGGCGUAACAACGAACAGUUUGGCUUUGUAGUGGAUGGACAUUUCGCGCAUCUUAACAUAUCCUAUAAUCGUUUCGACAGCAAUCGCUGUAAGACCGGUUUAAUAUCCGUGCGUGGAUUGGAGAAGAAGAUCAGAAUCGACAACAAUGAUAUCGAGGGUAAUAACGGCGUUUAUAUGGUUGAGUUCCGAGCGGACAGCCAGUCCGAAAUCCUCGGCGACAUUUACGCUCGCUUCUAUCGCAACGAGAUUAAGCGAAACACAUACGAUCUCGGCAGUUUGGGGCCACGUCGAACGUUUGCAGACGACCCCAGCUACGUCGUCGGCUUCCACGGCAUACAGAAAGUACAAGUAUAUAAAAAUCUCUUCGGCCAAAACUCGUUGGAUUAUGAGUUAUUGGCAGGUAUCAGAACAGCCAAGAUCAACAACGAGGUAGAUGUCAGGGAGAAUUGGUGGGGUACUGCUAACGACACCUCUAUCAGACAGAGAAUUUUCGACUUCGAUGACUGGAACGAUCACGCUGUGGCCAACUAUCGGCCGUACUUGAUGAGCGACUCGUUUGAAGCGUCUACUUCCGCGUGGCGACAUAUAAAUCGCGAAAUUGAUCUGAACAAUUUGGGCGGUCGCAUAGUGGAGAAUCUGUCAUUGUACGCGAGAUCCGAUCCUUAUGUCAUACAUUCUGACAUUACGGUUAUGCCGGAAGCUACUCUACAUAUCUACCCCGACGUUGUUAUGGAAUUCGCUCCUAACGUUGGCAUCCUAGUCCUGGGAACGCUGAAAGCCGUCGGCGUACCCGGCCACGAGAUUAUAAUGAGACCAAUAAAACGAGUUGACGCGAGCGCAAAUUCUACUUUUUCCAAACUGACGCCGAUCACAAGUUCCACUAAUCUCGUGUCAGUGCCAGACGAGACGAUUCGUUUGUGCAAGGAUGGACGUUGUUCCGUAUUGCACCACGAAGGAUUCCUAGAGUACUUCAACAGAACGACUCUUCAGUGGAUCCCAUUGUGCGACGAUCGAUUCUCCGAGCGCAACGCUCAAGUAGCAUGCCGACAACUCGGUUACGACACUCUCAACGUCUACGUAUCGUACGAUCGUAGGUACGAACUUCAUCCCGGAUCUUUGACGCGUGUCUGGUCUUGGCCCGAACCACUGCAGUGUACCGGGAAAGAGCAAAGUCUCGAGGACUGCCAGAUCAGACUGAACGGUCAGUUAUUCGGUCAUCGUCAUGAGUGUCCAUGGGACGGGCACUUUGUCUUCCUGCAUUGCGGCAAACGAAAUUUAGACGAUGCAUACGAUUACUGGGGCGGAAUACGCAUCGCGAACAGCGAAUUCGAAGCUCAUCUCUACGAACAUCACAUCCACGACAUCGUGACUCAUGAAACAAUUAGGCGCGUCGAAUCGGUUCUCAAAUUUAUCAAUAUAACUGGUGCUGGGAUUUUACAUUAUGAGAAAUCGGCCGCUAUACAGUCGAUUAUGAAGUCUCCGGCAGUAAUGCACGUAAACAUAGAUCGCAGCGCUUAUCACGGCAUAAAUGUCGUAUCUCCAACGCACAUGGUGGAAUUAUUAUUCAACACGAUUAACAAUGUUCUCGGCAACGGCGUGAAUAUAUUAUCCUUGACGGGAGAAGGCCGUGAGUCAGACGAAAGCACGUUCACACCUAUUAAGGACCUUAAUGUUCCUUAUCAUUUAUUCAGUAUGGUCGAUAUAUGCGAUACCACAAAAGAAAUUAUAAUCGAGGAGCGCGUGAUCGUAUAUUACAAAUAUGAUAAUUAUCCUGUGAAUUGUGUGAAAAUCUUCCGCAGUGCUUACCGAGCCAAACCGUUCGGAUUUAGGCUUUUACAAUUUAAUCUUUAUAACUCCACUGGCAAGCCAGGCCGACACGAUAGUAUAACUCUGUACGACGGAGACAUUUACAAUAUUAGCACUAAAGUGAUUGGUCAUUUGGAAGUUGAUACUCCUGACGAGAAAAAAUUGUUUAGAACGCAGAAUCCCAGUAUUAGUAUUAGAUUAUUCGCUAACGGCGCUAAUCGCGAUGUGCAGCACAAUGUUUCUUACUCUUUGAUAUCGAACUGUCGCGAAGGGGCCGUAAAAUAUGCAAGCGCUGGCGAAGUGAAUGCCAUAAUAACGCUCGAGCGCAAUCAGUUUGUAAAUAAUUGCGAGAAAUUGUACGGUAACUUUACCACGUGUAAAUCCGCAUUGUGGCUUGACGUCCAAAAUACACAGUUGCUCUAUUUCAGAAACAAUUUGAUACAACGAAAUCAAGGCGGUCUUACAAUCCGUGCUGAUUCGAGCGGUACGGCAACGUCCCUCAAAGGAUGGAUUCACAAUAAUCUCUUCACAGAAAACUUCAAUAAGCCUGCACUGUUCGUCGAGGGUCGUCAGAGCAGUCCUUACCAACAGUUGACUAUAUUCAGAAAUUAUUUCACCAAGAAUAACGCUCCAUAUGACAAUAACAUCAUUUUGAAACAAGUGGUUAGCAACAUGACAUUCAAUUACUUACAUGGAAAUCUUGGUAUGCACUUAUUGGAGAUUUCGGGAUUCGAGAAGGUCCGUUCACAAUUCUAUCAAAGCACAUCUCACAACGGUUUCUACAAAAAUUACGCAGUCGAUCGUGAAGGCCGUAGCACUAUUAUUGCUGGUACACCUGGCCAGCAAUAUGUUGAUAAUGUGUUCUUUAAUCCCGAUAACGAUUAUGAAAUGCAAACGACGAACAAAUCUCAACAACUAGAAAUUUGGAGAUCUCACAUAGACGCGCGGCAUAACUGGUGGGGUUACAAUGAAACUUUGGCGGUGGCUGGACGCAUCAGAGAUCGUGAGGAUUCAUUUGAGUUGUUGCAGGUGGAUUAUCAACCUUUUCAUAUGAAUAAUAAGUCAGUAUUAAGCGGCAAGUGUCCACCCGCCUGGGAUCUCGUUGGUGACACGUGUUACAUAUUGAUUGGCGCACCGAUGGACUUUUAUAAUGCGCGAGACUUUUGCAGGUCGGUAAAUGCGUCGAUGCCAUUCAUCAUGGGAGAUUAUCUGGAACUCUGGAAGUUCGCGCGCAAGCAACAGGAGCGAUUCGAUUAUUCGGAGCGUGUGUGGGUGCAACAAUUGGAACGCGUGGAUCAAUGCACGAUGUUUACGUACCAGACCAUCGAGAUUGAUCAUUGUGCCCAACCUAAUUUAUUUAUUUGUGAAAUUGAUCCCAGAGUCAACAUUGACCCUCUAUCUUGGAGGAAAGAUAUCAUUGCGGUGGGUGUUUUGGGAGCUGUUGGGGUCGCACUCGCAUUGCUAACUGCGGCGAUUGCAUUAUGGGCGUCCAAGUCGAAGAAGCGUAAGCUUGAGAGACUGGAACGACGUAACUCCAUCAGGCAAUCCUUACAUUCCUUACGAUCGGUCGGUUCCACGUCCGGCUUCACGGAACUGGCUUAUCGCCGAAAGCCUAUCGCGACCAAACAUUCCACGGAUACGCUGAACUCAAAUUACAAGCGCAUGCUGAACGGUGGUAGCCUAGAUUCGAUGGACAAGUCACAACUGAACUCUUCAAUAGAGGAUAAUCAAAGUUACGAUGUGUACGAGGCUCAUAAUCCACGAUAUUCACCGAGCACGAGCGACUUUAAGAGUACCGCGCAGAAAUACGGUGUGGCGCAGAGUGUCGAUAAUCCAGUUUUUGAUCUGGCAUACCGCAAUGAGGGCUUCCGCAAUCAUUCUACUUUUGCGGCAAGGAACGGUACUCUCGACGGCGCGACCUCCGCCGCUUCUAACUGGUCAUCACCCCCGAACAUACAAUCGACAUCAAUCGAUGAAAGUCCCACAGUGUACGCUAACAACGAGAGCUCGUCGUAUCUUAACAAUACGCCUACGCUACCGUUGCAUUCCAGUAUCGCGCUCACCGAUUCAAUGAUCGAAUUAAAACGCGAUAUCGAGUCAACAUCGGGCAUUUACGAUAUGGAUUACUUAAAACCCUCUUACGACUCGACUACGUUAACUCCAAGUCAGGCGUCCGAGCCUGUUCCGGAAUACGCGUCGGAUUUUCAGCCGCCGGUACCGCCGCAUCCUUAUCGCUACGAGGCCGAGAGCAGACCUAGAAGCGAGGCACUAUUAGAGACCAACUUCGACACGGGUGAGGAGAAGCCGCUACGCUCGAAGAGCGAGGCCCUGCUCGAGACCAAUUUGGAUGCGUUCCUAGUCAAUGAGCCCACAGAACUCACGCAACUAUCAGCGACCGCUCGAAGCAAGAGUCAACCAUUAGAAACGGCAAUGUAACUCUCAGGACGUCGACAACUCUUAGGCCAGCAUUCACUGCAACUCGGACACAUCCGAAGUGCGUGCCAAAUGUCUUCUAGCGACAAGCACUGCCAGCUAUUGCACAA